GGACCAGAAGUAUCUUCUGAUAGGAAAGAAAUGACGAUGGGAAUACGAAGUAAAAGAAAGACCUGUGUGCGCGCUCGCCUCAUACUGAGUAACAGAAGUAUAAAGUACUGUUGUGAUAACUGAUGAGCACCGUGGUUCACAAUUCAGCAUUUUUCCAUGUAAAAGGAGUAUCUUUUUUCUACCUAAAUUUCAGCAGUGUUUGUGGGUUAAAAUUUAAGUGUCAAUUUUCACAACAAAUGGAACUGACAUUGUUAGUCCUACAUAGUGGGUUUCUGUCAUUCCUUACAUAGAUAAUGCUUUUGUUGAAAGGUGUGACAUGCCAGUGUUGCACUAAAUUGUAAUGGAACAGUAAUUUGUGAGGGAAGUAUUGUAAUUACACAGAAUAUUUCAGAAAUAUUAGUAACAUUUUCUCAAAUUUAAGUGUUGGAGGAGAGAUGAAAUUACAGUUUUACCAACUGUUUAUUGACCCUGGAGCAGGAAGACAUUCUUCGUGUUAAGAACUUUACUGUGUGUCCCAGAGCAAGGAACCUUUUGUGGCAGAUGAGUAUAUUGAACGUCUUGUUUGGAGAACCCCAGGAGGAGGUUCUAGAGGUGGACCUGAAGGUUUUGAUCCUAAAAGAUUAUUAGAAGAAUUCAUAAAUCAUAUUCAAGAACUCCAGUUAAUGGAUGAAAGGAUUCAAAGAAAAGUAGAGAAAUUAGAGCAACAAUGUCAGAAGGAAGCCAAGGAAUUUGCCAAGAAGGUACAAGAACUUCAGAAAAGCAAUCAGGUUGCCUUUCAACAUUUCCAAGAAUUAGAUGAGCACAUUAGCUAUGUAGCUACCAAAGUUUGUCACCUUGGAGACCAGUUGGAAGGGGUAAACACACCUAGACAACGGGCAGUGGAAGCUCAGAAAUUGAUGAAAUACUUUAAUGAGUUUCUAGAUGGAGAAUUGAAAUCUGAAGUUUUCACAAAUUCUGAAAAGAUAAAGGAGGCAGCAGACAUCAUUCAGAAGUUGCACCUAAUUGCCCAGGAAUUACCUUUUGAUAGAUUUUCAGAAGUAAAAUCCAAGAUUGCAAGUAAAUAUCAUGAUUUAGAAUGCCAGCUGAUUCAGGAGUUUACUAGUGCUCAGAGAAGAGGUGAAAUCUCCAGAAUGAGGGAAGUAGCAGCAGUACUACUUCACUUUAAGGGUUAUUCUCAUUGUGUUGAUGUUUAUAUAAAGCAGUGCCAGGAGGGUGCUUACUUGAGAAAUGAUAUAUUUGAAGAUGCAGCAAUACUCUGUCUACGUGUGAAUAAGCAAGUUGGAGAUAUCUUUAGUAAUCCAGAAACUGUGCUGGCUAAACUGAUUCAAAAUGUAUUUGAAAUCAAACUACAGAGUUUUGUGAAAGAUCAGUUGGAAGAAUGUAGGAAAUCAGAUGCAGAACCGUAUCUCAAAAAUCUUUAUGAUCUAUAUACAAGAACCACCAGUCUUUCCAGCAAGUUGAUGGAAUUUAAUUUAGGUACUGAUAAACAGACUUUUUUGUCUAAGCUUAUCAAAUCCAUUUUCAUUUCCUAUUUGGAGAACUAUAUUGAGGUGGAGACUGGUUAUUUGAAAAGCAGAAGUGCUAUGAUCCUGCAACGCUAUUAUGAUUCAAAAAAUCAUCAAAAGAGAUCCAUUGGCACAGGAGGUAUUCAAGAUUUGAAAGAGAGAAUUAGACAGCGUACAAACUUACCGCUGGGGCCAAGUAUUGAUACUCAUGGGGAAACUUUCCUGUCCCAAGAAGUGGUGGUUAAUCUUUUACAAGAAACCAAACAAGCCUUUGAAAGAUGUCAUAGGCUGUCAGAUCCUUCUGAUUUACCACGGAAUGCCUUUAGAAUUUUUACCAUUCUUGUGGAAUUUUUAUGUAUUGAACAUAUUGAUUAUGCUUUGGAAACAGGACUUGCUGGAAUUCCUUCUUCAGAUUCUAGGAAUGCAAAUCUCUAUUUUUUGGAUGUUGUGCAACAGGCCAAUACUAUUUUUCACCUUUUUGACAAACAGUUUAAUGAUCACCUCAUGCCACUAAUAAGCUCUUCUCCUAAGUUAUCUGAAUGCCUUCAGAAGAAGAAAGAAAUCAUUGAACAAAUGGAGAUGAAACUGGACACUGGCAUUGAUAGGACAUUAAAUUGUAUGAUUGGACAGAUGAAGCAUAUCUUGGCUGCAGAACAAAAGAAAACAGAUUUUAAGCCAGAAGAUGAAAACAAUGUUUUAAUUCAGUAUACUAAUGCCUGUGUAAAAGUCUGUGCUUAUGUGAGAAAACAAGUGGAGAAGAUCAAAAAUUCCAUGGAUGGGAAGAAUGUGGAUACAGUUUUGAUGGAACUUGGAGUCCGUUUUCAUCGACUUAUUUAUGAGCAUCUUCAGCAAUACUCCUACAGUUGUAUGGGUGGCAUGUUAGCAAUUUGUGAUGUAGCUGAAUACAGGAAGUGUGCCAAAGACUUCAAGAUUCCAAUGGUAUUACAUCUUUUUGAUACUCUGCAUGCACUUUGCAACCUUCUUGUAGUUGCCCCAGAUAAUUUGAAGCAAGUCUGCUCAGGAGAACAACUUGCUAAUCUGGACAAGAACAUACUUCACUCCUUUGUACAACUUCGCGCUGACUAUAGAUCUGCUCGCCUUGCUCGACACUUCAGCUGAGGUUAAAUUGGCAACGGAAGUGUGUUACAUUUCAGCAGGCCUCAGAAGAUAGAAAGCACAGGAGAUUCCUUAUGACACAGCCAACGUUUUAUGGAAAAUGACUGAAGAAAACAGCAGCCAUACUUACCCUCGAGUUUUAUUUGAAAUUUGGAUGCCACUAACUCUAUUUACAUUUUUUUCCUGCUACAUUGAAUUUUAAUCCCAUUCUUGAAUUUGUACAUUUCAAAUUCUGCAAAACUACAUGUCACUGUUUUUCACUCUGGCAAAUGUUAGUAUCAGAAGGCAAAUUUUACCAGUGUUCUGGUUCUACUUCAGCAUAUUUCAUCUGGAAAUUUUAUCAUCCCAUUUUGCAUUAAUACUAGAUAAAAUACAAAAAAACCACAUUUAUUAUUCGUCAGUUUUUAAUGAUCUUUUCAUUAUUGAUAAUUGUUAAUCAAAUUACUGUAGAUUUUCCUCAAGAAUUUGUUGAAUCUUUCAGAAAUUAACAAGUAUAAUUUCCGUAGUUUUGAUUAGACUUUUUUCGAGAUAAGUUCCAAGAAAAUGUAAUAAAUUAAACUAAAGUGAUGUUUUAUGCAGACAUUAGGAGUGAAUCAGAAUACAUCUGCUUUCUGGGUAAAAUUUAAAGUUUACAGUUUCUUAUUUGCUAAGUAGAUUUUAAGCCAGUUCUAGUAAGAAAUUAAUAAAACUACCUUAUUUUAUGUUUCACAUAAGUUAAGGUAAAAGAAGACCUUAACUAAAGGACCAUAUUUAUUCACUACUUUAAUAUUGUAAGGAAAGUAAAGAAGUGAGGGAUAGUCCAAGUGGCGCAUAUGGGAAGCAGAAACUUAGGCAUAAUGCAGUUCUGUAAGAUUUUUAUCUUACUGAUAAACUUGAAGAGGAUGUGAUCACUUAACCUGCAGAUAAUCUACUGUAAGAGGAAUUGGGAGAUGCUAGAUGACAUUGUGUAUUCUAAGUUUGGACAUAAACUUUGCAAAGACUGGUUACUUUUUAGAUCUGUAGUUUCAGAUCGGUACAUUAUCAUUUUUCAAGUCAUUUCUAAAGUUAUUACUACUUGGCUAUGGUCAUUGAAUUGGCUUAAUAUGGUGACAAUAAAUUACUUACAAAAUUUUAAAAGUGAAAUAAAAAUUUCAAAAGGCCAUUACUUUAUAAACCUAAUAAAUUUGCUCUGCAAGAAUAUGUUCUAUGGACUCAGCAGCAAGUGCCUGCCUGGCAAAUGUGAGGUACUGAGUUUGAUUUUUGGUACCCUCACCACCACCAAAAAAAGAAUAUAUUCUAAAUUAAAUGUAAUGUUUAAGCUUCCAUUAUGUUGUUCAUAGUCUUUUAGGAACUAGACAGGCUUUUUAACGUUCACUUUAUUCUUAGCAGUUUUUUCUUAAAUAUAGGCCUAAUUUGGGAAAACUACUUUUCUUCUCAGAACCUGAUUCUAAAUGGUUAUCAGUUUUACCCAAACCUUCCAGGUUCAGAGCUAACUACUGUUUCAAUUACCAUAGGCUGAAUUUUUUCAUUUUCUCUUUAGCCCAGUGUUAUCAGGGUGUGCAAGGGAAAUGAAAUAUGCCAACUUUUUUCAAAGCAUUUUAGGACUUUGUGGCAGGUUUAGAAGGCUUUCCAGAUUUCUUUUCUUAGCCAAGGGAAAGGUAGAACAGGUUUGGGAUACAAGAAAAAGUCAUAUGCUUGUACUGUUGCCAUUUUAGAAAGCUCUUAUAUAAACUCAAAUUAUACCUCUGUUACUUACAGCCAACAAUUUUAAGGCAGUAGUUUUACUGGCCAUUUGAACUCUUUGUACAGUGUCAAUUUGUAAAAAAGCAAAAACAAAAAUUUCAAAUAAAACAUGAGAUGACACUUAAAACUUCCAAA